UUGGGGGAGAUCCUGCUGGCUGGGAGUAUCUCUGGUACAAAGACCCACUGAGACACACUGUGCCCAACACUGACAGCAGCAGGACUGAUGGGUCCAGUUUCACCAUCAGCUCUGCUGCUCUGGCCCACAGUGGAGAGUACCGCUGUAGAGCUGCAAGAGGGAGAACACCUUUUUACUCAGACUACAGUGAUCCUCUGACUUUAGAAAUAUCUGUAUUACCUCAAACACAUCUGACCGUGCAGUCUGGAUGGACAGAGGUCUUCCCCAAUGAAACAGUGACUCUGAGGUGUGUGAUUCAGGGCAGCUCUACAGAGUGGAUGUAUAAAUGGUACAGAGAUGGACAGGAGCUUCCUGUAGACAAGGCUAACUCGAGCAGUGUAAAUGGAGACACAUACACAAUCCUCUCUGCUGAUCAGUCACAUGCUGGACUGUACACCUGCAGAGGAGAACUUACAAGGAGAGCAUCUGUACACUCUCUGAUUGGCAGCUCUGCUAAUUUGAGUGUUCAAGCUCUCCCACAAGCUCAGCUGACCGUGCAGUCUGGAUGGACAGACGUCUUCCUCAAUGAAACAGUGAUUCUGAGGUGUGUAAUUCAGAGCAACUCUACAGAGUGGAUGUAUAAAUGGUACAGAGAUGGAUGGGAGCUUCCUGUAGACAUGGCUGACUCCAGCAGUGUAAAUGGAGACACAUACACAAUCCUCUCUGCUGAUCAGUCACAUGCUGGACUGUACACCUGCAGAGGAGCACAUACAAGGAGAGCAUCUGUACACUCUCUGGUUAGCAGCUCUGCCGCAUUGAGUGUACGAGGGGGAAAAGCAAAACCUGUUAUUACACAGAAUCCCCCCAGUAGAGCGAUGUACACAGGAGAGAGAGUCACCCUGAGCUGUGGGUUUGAGGGAGAUCCUGCUGGCUGGGAGUAUCUCUGGUACAAAGACCCACUGAGACACACUGUGCCCAACACUGACAGCAGCAGGACUGAUGGGUCCAGUUUCACCAUCACCACUGCUGCUCUGGCAAACAGUGGAGAGGCAGCUCUGCAGAGUGGAAGUAUAAAUGGUACAGAGAUGGACGGGAGCUUCCUGUAG